AUAUAUUACAUAUAUUAUACACAUAUCAGGUACCCGAUAUGUACCCAAUAGCACCAAUUUUGACCAGUGGUAACUUGAGGUACAUAACAUGCUACGCUAAAAAUGGUGUUUCAGUUUUCAUUACCGGAAGUUAUUGUUAAAAAACCAGAACCAAUACGUGAUCUAAAUAUUGAUACACAAAUCUUUGAAAUAUCAAAAAAAAUGCGAGAUAUUAUUUUCAAAAUAAAUGAAAUUUUUAUAAGUUUGCUGGCAUUCCGGUACAAUGAAAGACAAGAACUAGAAUACAAUAAGAUUGAUCUUAAAGCAAUAAAUUCAGAAAUAUUAAGGCAAACAGAAUUCGGCUGUAAUCUUCCACCUCUAAACGUAGUCAUACUAGAACCAAGUGGAUCCCCAAAUGAUGAUAACGAAAUCUUACGUGCUAUGGAAAUAUAUAGAAGAGAUUUUUCUUUGGAGGAGAAUGAUUUUCUAGAUAUUUGUGCAGAUGAGGCGAUAUUUAGACGAUUAAUUAAAUGCCGCAAUAAAUCAGAAAAUAUACGGCCUAUUCUUGGUCAGUGGCACACCUCAAAGGAUAUGAUGAGCGCCUUGGUUACAUUCACUAGUCGAAAAAAGAAUAUUCGGCCUUAA